AUGGGCGAAGCCCGUAUCUCCAUGACCUCCCAUGGGCUAAAGGCCUGUCAGCUGCCCGUCCCUCCACUCCGACCUGUGAAAUGGAUGCAGGAUAUUCUGAAUGCGGUUUCCCGCCUGCCGGGAUGGCCGCCCGGUUUGCGUCUGUUCUUACUGCGGAGUGCAGUUGGUGCUUUGGUGACGGGGUUUAGCCCGCCUGCUUCGUGA